AGAAAACCCACUCCAUUCACAGCCACUCUCCUUGCUUCUCAAGCAAUUUUCGCAAAACCCAAAACACAAUCAAAAUAUUUUGUGUAGUUUCUCACCACAUCUUUCAGGUCCGUUCUCUUUUAACUUCUUUCUCUUUUUGAUCUUUGAUUUUGCGAGUUGAGCCAAAAGCAUGGAGAGUGCGUUCUAUUUCGUCUGUUUGUAGGGUUUAAGAUAAGAAAAAAAAAAGUUAAAGAAGAAGAAAAAGGUGGUAACUUUGUAGUUCUAUUUAAUUAUAUAUACCCGUUGAUCUCGAUCUGGGUGUCAUCAGAUAUCUCAAAAACUAUAUUAGUUUGUGUCGGCGCCGGAAAAUGGACUCUGUUUCACGUGAAUCUUCAACUUCGAAAAGCCCUAAAGAAGGAGAAAACGAUGAAAAGACCAAGACAGUUCCUUUCUACAAGCUAUUUGCGUUUGCAGAUUCGUUUGAUGUCUUCUUGAUGAUCUGUGGCUCACUCGGAGCUAUUGGGAAUGGUGUUUCAAUACCUCUCAUUACAUUGUUGUUUGGUGAUCUCAUUGAUUCCUUUGGACAGAAUCAGAAUAACAAAGACAUUGUCGAUGUUGUCUCAAAGGUUUGCCUUAAAUUCGUCUACCUUGCACUUGGAACACUAGGAGCUGCGUUUCUUCCAAACCACCAUUGGAUGCUUGUACUUCCUUCAUCCCCAAUUGUACUAAGCAUGUUUCUGAUGUUUUUAUCAAUGAGUUUGAUUAACCUCUCCUCCGUUGCAGAGGUGGCUUGUUGGAUGAUCACGGGAGAGAGACAAGCUGCGAGGAUAAGAAGUACGUAUCUGAAAACAAUCUUGAGACAAGACAUUGGAUUUUUCGAUGUCGACACAAACACAGGAGAGGUAGUUGGUAGAAUGUCGGGAGAUACUGUUCUUAUACAAGAUGCUAUGGGUGAAAAGGUUGGGAGGUUUAUUCAGCUGUUAUCUACUUCGGUGGGCGGAUUUGUUUUAGCUUUCAUUAAAGGAUGGUUACUAACAUUGAUUAUGUCAACUUCAGUUCCUCUUAAUGUAAUGGCUGGUGCAGCCAUAGCACUUAUAGUCACUCGAACUUCUUCUCGGGGACAAGCCGCUUAUGCAAAAGCAUCAACUGUUGUUGAACAAACAAUCGGGUCCAUCCGAACGGUUGCUUCUUUUACGGGAGAGAAGCAAGCUACUAACAGUUACAAGAAGUUGAUAACAUCGGCGUAUAAGUCAAGCAUUCAACAAGAUUUCUCAACUGGUUUAGGAUAUGGAGUAAUGUCCUUUGUGUUUUUCAGCAGCUAUGCUUUGGCUAUUUGGUUUGGUGGGAAGAUGAUACUCGAAAAAGGGUAUACUGGUGGCGCUGUGAUUAACGUCAUCCUCAUUGUGGUUGUGGGUUCGAGGUCGCUUGGGCAAACAUCUCCAUGUGUAACCGCAUUUACCGCGGGUCAAGCUGCAGCAUAUAAGAUGUUUGAGACGAUCAAAAGAAAGCCUUUGAUAGAUGCUUACGACGUAAAUGGAAAGGUUCUUGAAGAUAUAAGAGGAGACAUUGAACUUAAGGAUGUGCAUUUUAGUUACCCGGCGAGGCCUGACGAGGAUAUAUUCGUUGGAUUCUCUCUGUUUAUCCCUAGCGGUGCAACAGCAGCAUUAGUAGGAGAAAGUGGAAGUGGCAAAUCCACGGUGAUUAGUUUGAUUGAGAGGUUCUAUGAUCCGAGAGCCGGCCAAGUACUCAUCGAUGGAGUUAAUCUCAAAGAGUUUCAGUUGAAAUGGAUCAGAAGCAAAAUCGGAUUGGUCAGCCAAGAACCGGUUCUGUUUUCGUCGAGCAUCAUGGAGAAUAUCGUCUACGGGAAAGAAAACGCGACGGUUCAAGAGAUUAAAGCAGCAACGGAGCUAGCAAAUGCGGCAACGUUUAUAGAUAAGUUACCUCAGGGGUUGAAUACAAUGGUAGGAGAGCACGGGACGCAGCUCUCCGGAGGACAGAAACAGAGGAUAGCGAUUGCGAGAGCUAUUCUUAAAAAUCCACGGAUUUUGCUUCUUGAUGAAGCAACAAGCGCGCUCGAUGUAGAAUCCGAAAGAGUCGUUCAAGAGGCUUUAGAUAGAGUGAUGGUUAACAGGACUACUGUAAUUGUCGCACAUAGGUUAAGCACAGUUAGAAAUGCUGAUAUGAUUGCCGUAAUUCACCGCGGCAAAAUAGUGGAAAAAGGUUCGCAUUCUGACUUGUUAAAAGAUUCUGACGGAGCUUAUUCGCAGCUCAUCCGGUUACAAGAGAUAAACAACGGUCAAGAUGCUAAACCAUCAGACAUAUGUUCGGUUAUUAGCCUGGGUGAAACCUUGUCGGUUGGAAAUAACCUUGGUAGCAGUAGCCAACAAGUAAGCCAAGAGAAAACUGAAACAGUGGGUAAAGAACCACUACCAAAAGUAUCACUCACUCGAAUCGCAGCUCUGAACAAACCUGAGAUCCCGGUUCUACUUCUAGGAACCAUAGCAGCGGCCAUUAAUGGCACGGUUUUCCCACUUUUCGGGAUUCUGCUUUCAAGAGUGAUCGAAGCAUUCUUCAAACCAGCUGAAGAGUUAAAGAAAGAUUCAAGAUUCUGGGCGAUAAUAUUUGUAGCUCUUGGAGUAACUUCGUUGAUCGUCCCACCGACUCAAAUGUAUCUGUUUGCAGUAGCUGGAGGGAAACUGAUUCGGAGAAUUCGAUCAAUGUGUUUUGAGAGAGCGGUUCACAUGGAAGUUGGCUGGUUCGACGAGCCACAUAACUCGAGUGGUACAAUGGGGGCCAGGCUAUCAGCUGAUGCUGCUUUGAUUAGGGCUCUAGUUGGAGAUACAUUGUCUCUAGCGGUUCAAAACGCUGUUUCUGCUGCGGCUGGAUUGAUUAUUGCAUUCACCGCGAGUUGGGAAUUGGCACUUAUAAUCUUAGUUAUGCUUCCUCUUAUUGCUAUAAAUGGUUUCGUUCAAGUCAAGUUCAUGAAAGGAUUCAGCGCCGACGCAAAGUCGAAGUACGAGAAGGCCAGUCAGGUAGCGAAUGAUGCGGUGGGGAGUAUAAGAACAGUUGCGUCCUUCUGCGCGGAGGAGAAAGUGAUGCAGAUGUAUAAGAAGCAAUGCGAAGGUCCAAUCAAAGACGGAAUAAAACAAGGUUUCAUCAGCGGGUUAGGGACUGGAUUUUCCUUCUUCAUUCUGUUUUGUGUCUACGCGACAAGCUUCUACGCGGGGGCUAGAUUGGUUGAAGACGGCAAGACUAGUUUCAAUGAUGUUUUCCAGGUGUUCUUUGGGUUAUCUAUGGCGGCGGUUGGGAUCUCUCAGUCGAGCUCUUUCGCUCCAGAUUCUAGCAAAGCCAAGGCUGCAGCUGCCUCGAUCUUUGCAAUCAUCGAUAGGAAAUCAAGGAUAGACUCGAGCGAUGAGUCAGGGACAGUGUUGGAGAAUGUUAAGGGAGAUAUCGAGCUUCUUCACUUAAGCUUCACUUAUCCGGCAAGACCAGACAUUCAAAUCUUUAGCGAUCUUUGCUUAACCAUUCGUGCAGGAAAGACGGUUGCUUUGGUAGGAGAAAGCGGGUCGGGGAAAUCCACGGUGAUCUCACUGUUGCAAAGAUUUUACGAUCCGGAUUCGGGUCACAUAACCCUAGACGGAGUUGAGCUCAAGAAGCUGCAAUUGAAAUGGUUGAGACAACAAAUGGGACUUGUGGGACAAGAACCUGUCUUGUUCAACGACACGAUUAGAGCCAACAUUGCUUAUGGCAAAGGAAGCGAAGACGCUGCAACCGAGUCUGAGAUCAUAGCCGCUGCAGAACUCGCCAAUGCACACAAAUUCAUCUCUAGCAUACAACAGGGUUAUGACACAGUGGUGGGAGAGAGAGGGAUUCAGUUAUCAGGCGGACAAAAGCAGCGCGUGGCUAUAGCACGCGCCAUCGUGAAAGAGCCGAAAAUAUUGCUUUUGGACGAAGCAACGAGCGCUCUUGAUACGGAAUCGGAGCGAGUGGUUCAAGAUGCGCUUGACCAAGUGAUGGUGAACCGAACCACGGUCGUGGUGGCUCACCGGUUAUCGACAAUUAAAAACGCUGACGUCAUUGCCGUCGUUAAGAACGGUGUGAUCGCUGAGAAAGGUACUCACGAGACGUUGAUCAACAUCGACGGUGGGGUUUAUGCUUCGCUAGUGCAGCUUCACAUGAACGCUGCCUAAUUGAGAGCUAUAAAACUUCAGAGUUUUAUGUGCUUAUUUGUUAUUUGUUUUGUUAUUUUUGUUUGUAUGCAAGUUUAUGAAGUUAUUACUAGUAUAUUAUAAUCUAUAAUUCGAUUGUUUCCCUU